CAAUCUUAGUGGUAUUUCCUUCUGCGCCUCAGCUAGACAGUCAGCGGUUGCAGCAAGAAGAAAGACAUUCCAUGUCAUAGUACAUGAGCUACUUAUUGCCGAGCAAGAUAACAAAGAUGGCGGACGGCGAUCAGGGAAAUGCGCAAAACCCGACCGACCCAGAGACAAACGGAGGUGAUUCUAAUGACGUCGAAGAAGCAGAUGAGGAUUUGCAGGUUGAUCUUGAUCUAGGUGAAUUAGAUCUCACUUCUCAAGAUGAAUUUAUUUUGGACGAAGUAGAUGUACAUAUACAAGAAAAUUUGGAGGAUGAAUUGGUAAAAGAAGCUCUAGAAAAAGGAGUAGACCUAAGGCAGUACUCAAGGCAAAUUGAAGGCGACUUACAUGAAGUGGAAAAUGCAUCAAUUCUGGACUAUAUCAAAGAGAGUGAAAAUAUUGCAAGUCUCCACAACCAGAUUGCCUCCUGUGACACUAUUCUUGAGGCAAGUUGUUUUUUAACCAAUUUAAAUUAUCAGCUACCGCUCAUCAUAACAAAACUAGUCAAAAGGCAAGGAAUAAACUAUUCUAAACUGAUUAAAUUUCGAAAAUCUUACAAAUUAGCGCUGAGCGUCUUUUAAUUGAAAUUGUCUUUUUUUUCCCGGUACCUUAGGCACAUCUGUGAAACGCCAGUGACAGAACAGACAUUCAUAGAACAGCUGCACGAGUUGCAUCACAAGAUCGACUUUGCUAAAGAGCAGUCGUUUAAAGGGGCUCUGUCUGUCAAUGAUGUCGGAGAUACGUUAGAAAAGCUGAAAGUCAAGGCUGUACAGAGGAUCAGAGACUAUGUCCUACAGAGAAUUUAUCAGUUUCGUCGCCCAAUGACCAAUUAUCAGAUUCCGCAGAAUGCCUUGCUCAAGUUUAGGUAUUUUAAUGAAUUUCUAAUGGCCCAUCAUCGUCAGGUUGCUAGAGAAAUCAAAGAUGAAUACAUCGACACAAUGAGCAAGAUUUAUUUCUCCUAUUUUAAAACGUACAUCUCCAAGCUUCUCAAGCUACAGUAUGAAGAGCUGGCGGAUAGAGACGACUUAAUGGGAAUAGAGGACAACGCGAAGAGAGGUAUCUUCUCUGGAAAAGUUUCCUUGAAAAACCGUUCGACAAUUUUUACACUGGGAAGCCGUGGCAAUGUUCUAACAUCUGAGUUAGAAGAACCCGUCAUUGUCCCUCAUGCGGCACAAAAAAAGUACUCAUUCGAGAGUCUGUUUCGCAGUAUGCACUUCACAUUAUUGGAUAAUAGCUGUAGAGAAUACUUAUUUUUAGCUGAUUUUUUCAUGGUUGAAAAGAACGCUAAGGAUCUGUUUACAGCAGUGUUCGGCAAAACACUGUCGUUAUUUCUGAAACAAAUGGACGCGUAUCUUGAAAGUUGUUUUGAUGCCAUUGGAAUCUUCUUGUGUAUUCACAUUGUUCAUCGGUACAGAAUACUAAUGCACAAGAGAAGUGUUCCUGUACUGGACAAAUACUGGGAUACAGUGUUGGAAUUGUCAUGGCCUCGGUUCACGUAUGUAGUGGAGUUAAAUGUUGAUAGUGUUCGGAGCACAGACCCUAAGAAAUUUGGAGUUAUUGAUAUAAGACCUCAUUAUGUAAGUACGAACUCCUUUUUAUUUGGCAUUUUUGAUCACUUGCUUCGUUAAUAAAGAUGCUUGUCAAACUUGGUUUGUUUUCCCAAAGUCAAUCGCGAUUAUAGCCUUGAGAGUUGUUCCUACUGAAUUCAAAUUAACUAUUAAUGUCAACUUAUAGACACACGUACACAUUGUUUACCUAUUUUUGCUGUUCUCAACACCGAGCGUUCAAGAGACGACUAAAAUGGUUAUGUAUAUUAAGUUUUAAUCAUCGUUAAACAUAUGGGGAUACUUUUUGAGGUUUUAAUGUCAUUUUAGGUCAUAACUAUAUAACUAACGUUUCGAUCCUUAACCCCCUUCAUCAGAGAUUAUUCAGUCUAUGGAAGUGAGGUGUGAAGUGUCACGGGCGGAAAUAAGGCGGCCAUGAAAAAUAAACGGCACGCAAUGCAUGCAGAAGAGAUGACGUUUAAAAAUUGUUCCUAGAAGAUUGGAACAUAAGC